AGAGGCCCAUCUUGUAAACAAGCAUGGAAAUGUUCUUGUAUGUAUCCCACAAAACAACUUAAAAUAUUCCAAUGCAUGUCUUCUCAAGCUUUCCUUUCAAAUUUCGUGCCACGUGGCGACACGCCCCCGGCACCACGAGAAGGGGUGGUUUCCAUGGUAACCAUAAACACCACUUCAGUUGAGCUGAAAGAGCUUAUAAAGGUUUUACAGACCAGGCUGAGUUUCCUGACGGAGUAAACUGCCUCCAGUAAUUUGCCAACCGACAAAUACCACAAGUCUCAACAUUUCGACUACUCCAACGGCGUCCCCAUGAUGGUGGGCAACAAGAAGCCGGGGAUUGGAGGUCAACCACUGACCGGGCAGAGGGUCAAACGAAAAUACUUCCUCUACCCGAUGUCACAGCGCAGUGACAUGCCAACAAAGGCGGCCAUCGACAAACAGAUCCAGAUGGACAAAUUCCACAAAUCCCAACAUUUCGAUUACACCAAUGGAAUCCCAAUGAUGGUCGGAAGCAUCAAGCCGGGCAUUGGAGGAGAGCCACUCAAAGGUCAGAAGGCCAAACCCAAGCAGUCUGUCUACCCCAAAGCCCAGUGCAACGACUUACCUUCGUGGGUGACGUUCAACAAACAGGCUCUGUGUUUCGAUGCUUACUUCAAGGAGAUAGUUCCCUAUAAUCAGAACGAGCUGUACAGAAUCAGGAAGUGUAAGAUCUACUUCUACCUGGAGGACGACACCAUCCAGGUCGUGGAGCCCAAGAGCAAGAACAGCGGCAUGAAACAAGGCGUCUUCAUCCACCGCCAGAAGAUCCCGCUCCCGCCUCCCAACCAGGAGGAGUUCUACAACAUCUACCACUUCAACAUUAACCAGGAGAUGGAGCUGUUCGCCCGUAAGUUUAUCAUCACCGACUGCGACCCCUUCACCAGGAAUUUCUUCACUAAACUCGGGGUCCGACUCAACGACCGCGUCGACAUACCGGACGACCCCUACAGCAAAGUCCGGCAGCAGGCUGAGGACAGGAUCGCGCCCCGUCGGCCGUACGAACGACUGGACACGAUGAAGCAGUUCAUGGACCACGACCGGCAAGUCCUGCGUUUCUACUGCCUCUGGGACGACUCUAAGACCAUGUUCGGGGACCCGCGAGAGCUCAUUCUUCACUACUUCCUGGCCGAUGACACCAUUGAGAUCCAUGAGGUCUACCCACCCAACUCAGGCAGGGACGUUCUGCCCAAGUUCCUCCGGCGCAGCAAGCUGCCUAAGAACGCUCCGACCCAGAUGAGGCAACCUGGCGAGGUCACAGACCGCACACUGCUCAACGUGCUGACGUCCUCCAACCAGGCCACCCACUACAUCCUGGACAGUCUGAAGACUGGAGCUGUUCACGAGGAGUGCUACAAGGACUGUGACCUGAUGCUGGGCCGAGAGGUCAAUGUUUGGGGCCGGAAAGUGAUUCUGACCGAGUGCGAUGACUUCACCAAGCAUCACUACCGCACCAAAUAUGGCAUAGAGGACUUCACCCCCGUGCAGUACAAAUCUCCCCCGGUCCCCAAGCCUGCGAGGCUUGUACCCCCUUAUAAUGGUUUUGGCUCCGAGGAGGACUCGCUCAGCUCCUGCCAGGGCUUGCUGCCUAAACCUCCCCGAAAAGAUUUCUGCAAAUUCAUGGAGAAAGACAGAUGUGGCCUGGACAGUAAUGUGAUGAGCUUCAACGCAAAGAUGGUGACGACGGAUGAAGUGGACAAAGAAAGAGUGUUUGUCAUCUCCUUUUUCCUCUCUGAUGACACCAUCAGUGUAUUCGAACACCCCCGGAAGAACUCAGGCGUGAUCGGUGGUAAAUUUCUACAGCGAGGACGAGUGAAGAAGCCAGGUCAGGAGUUGUUCAAGAGCAAACUGUCCGAGUACUUCACCCCUCAGGAUCUGUAUGUGGGAGCGACGCUCAGCCUCAACAACAGGGACUUCCUGCUGGUGGAAGCCAACGAAUACACGCUCAACUACAUGGAGCAGCAUGCCGAGGAGUUUCCCAGGGCCGAUUUAGGUCGGAUCUUCAACAAAAUCCGUUCUUAUGCGGAGGAGAGGCUGAGGGAGAUGAGGAACUUUCUUGCUGAGAAAGACCCCGCCAACUCUGGCUACAUUGGCUAUGAAACUCUGAGGGACAAGCUCUUAACUCUGGACCCAGAGCUGACGGAACACGAAGUUCUGGUGCUCUGCCGAUGCUUCCUGGAGCAGGAGAAGCCCCAGCUGGAAGUGGACCUGCUGCUCGCUGUCGCCCAGGACUUCCUCAUGAAGAAGAGCUUUCAGGAGUUUCUGGGCUUGUCUAAAGCCUUCGCCCUCCAAGACAAAAAGAGAACCAAGGUUCUCUCCCUCAAAGAGAUGGUGACCAUCUGCAAGUCCUGCCGUCUUCCCCUGCCAGAGAAGUUGCUCAACACCCUGCUGGACAUCUUCGCAGACGGAGACAAAGUGGACUACACUGCAUUCCUGGCUGGUAUAAACUGGGAGGACAACCGAACCACCGCAGUCACACCCAAAGACACUUUACAGUUUGCUGUCAACUGGCGCUAUGAUGAAGAUGGAAUUCCAGAGAAGAAAGUGAACUAUUUCUCACUGCUGCGACACAUUUUUGGAACAGAGCAAAUCAACCCAUCAAGCCGAGAGGGCGAAGGUUUAGACGCGACAAGGACGCCUGACAAACUCGGGCCCAAUUAAACACCCUCGUUGACUUAUUCAUGGCUGGUUAAACCACCGUGUUGAGUCAAGAAGUGGUGGAUUCAGGGGAGUGCUGUUUUGCAGAGGAAGUGUGAAUCCUUCCAAGACGUCUUAAAACAGAGAGAGGCGUGGAAGCAGAACCACAAUGGACGUUUUAUUGCCUUGGUGGGCAGGACACAGUCAUUUGUUUGUUUAAGAACUAUGCAGUAAACCAAAUACACACAAGUUUAUGCCAAUUCAAACACGGACAUGUUGCAGUGUCAGUGGCAUGAUGAUGGUGUUGAGUUGAUAUUUUAAAGAAUGUAACUUUAAUUCAUGUUGUAAACAAUGAAUAAAUGUUGGAGUGGUUCUAACCCUUCUCUUUUCAU